AUGGAUAAUGACUAUCAGGUUCGUCGAUUAGUAUGGGAUGCUGAAGUACCAAUUAUGUUUAUUUUGGAUAAAGGGGAUUUUCCUUCAACGUCUAAUGAUACCUAUUUGAUAUCAUUACCACGAGUAUCAUAUUUUCCCUUUUUCUACAAAAAUAUUUGCAGUUUUUUUUCAAAUUUUGGUGAACAAAUAAGUGAACUUUCUAUAUACCUUGAAUAUCAAUCUGAACCAUUACGUUGGUACUAUCCAAUUGGUGUUAUUCAUGAUAUAUUGUCAGACAGAGAAUCAAUUGAACCACUACAGAUUGUUGUUAGAAAAGGCAUAUCUCCAGAAGAUGUUAUACGAUAUAGUCCUUUGGAACUUGAAGCAAUUUUUAUGCAAUCAAUUAAGGAAGCUGAUCAUUUAAAACAUAAAGGAAAAGUUUCUUCACGUCUUACAAGAGAUGAAAGUAGAAAAUUGGUACUCGGUCUUUCAGAACAUAAAUUUGAUCAAUUUUGGGAAGUUAAUUCAAAAUUACUUGUUGAUUCUAAUAAUAUGCCAAUAUCAUAUAUGCCAAUUCGUUUCUACAAAACUGGUUGCCGAUUUUUACAAUUUCUUAUAAAACCAGAAGAAAAGUUAUGUGAUCUUAUUGAUAUGAUAUAUAAAGAUGAAGAAAAACCUUUAAAUAUAGAAUUUUAUUGUCAUGGAAUUAUGAUUCCAUCUGAAACAAUAACAAAAUAUUUAGUUAAUAACUUAACAUAUCCAGAUUCUUUUGUCCAUGUGGUCAUUCAUACUAAUAAUGAAAAAUGA